AUGAAAAUAGGAGAUUCCACUCGAUGGCAAGAAACCUCCACUGUGUUUGCAGGCUCACUGGCACUAACGGGCUAUCCAUGCUGGACUUGUCAUAGGGACGGAAUAAAUGCUAUUCUCCGCGAAGUGGACAAGUAUUUCCUUCAAAUGAAAAAUCAUCGGAAAAGCCGCUUAUGCGCGCGCAGUGCUGUCCGUGAAAUGACAUCAGAAAGCUCCAGGUGA